CCACUUUUCCGAAUCGUUCACUACCUCACGGCUUCACUGAUGCUUGCUCACUUCCUUCACUCGUCCACCCUCUCCACGCAACGUUGACAACUCGAAAUCCAUCAUUCUUUUCAGCCUGGAGACUACGACAACGCGAAAGGUGACAUUGACGGAAGUCCCGGGGACGCCAGCUUGGACCUCAGCGACGAUAAAGAGAGCAACGGUGAACAGAGGAUCAUUCGCAGUGAGGGCAGCUACCACCCUGCACGCACGUCCGCCAACGGAAAAUCGUCGGAAAACCCCAAACCCCAAGACUUCUCCCACCCCAGCCAACACAACAACACAAACGUCAACUCGGCACGCGAAGAGGCCCUGUGGCUUGCCGCCAAUCCCAUGCUCAACGUAUUACAAGCAAACCCCAAACAGCGAUACACCGACGAGAACGUGACGACCGCCGACAGCAUGGAAACGUCAUCUCCACCCGCUCAAGUCCCAAAGCAAACGGAGCCCGCAGCCCCUCAAACACCAGAGGGAACAUUGACCGAAAUCCUCAAAAAGGCAGAACGUCAACGUGGCGAGAUCGCUGCGAGUUUCGCCAGUACUCUCACCCGCGGGAUGGCGCUCGUUAGCGAGCUCAACGCCCUUGAAAAAGACACCGCCGAGCUGCGUCAAUACCGCGACAGCCGCAUGGAUGAUUUCAAUGCCUGGAAAGCAGAGAAAGACGCCAAACAGAAGGCGGAGGAGGCCGCCAAAAAGGAGGUGGAGGACGCCAAGAAGAAGGAGGAAGCCGCCAGGAAAAAAGAGCAGUACGCCAAGAUGACGGAAGAGCAAAAGAUGAUGAUGGAUGAGUUGGAAGCUCUGAGGAAGGAGGAAUGGGAACUCAUGAAUAAAAAAUAUGACUUCGAGUAACCGGAUGAUACGUGCGCGCACAACUCACACCUCACCAUAGCGACAGCUCGACAGAGGCAUCCGUCCGGCAUGAUUUGGCAGGACUCAUCGACUCAA